AUGUAUAUUUUCUUUGUAUUAUUAAUGCUCAUAUUCUCCCCCAUUUAUAACAAUUCCACCCUUUCUCGUGAACAGUUGUCUCUUCAUCUAUUGCUAUGUUUUAUGUUCUUUUUGCCACGUGCUGUGUUACCUUUCACCGUGAUUAUGUCCGAUUCCGGCGCGCCAUCCACCCUAGUAGACGGCCCACAAACGGGGUUUUCCAUGAAACAAGACGGAGCAAGAACCGACACACACGAACAAGAAGCGGUUUACGACAUCAUGAAAGCCACCGGAAAUGAUUGGGCCACCGACAUCCCCGACGUGUGUCGUGGUCGUUGGCAUGGCAUCGAGUGCAUGCCCGACAAGGACAACGUUUACCACGUCGUGUCCCUCUCCUUCGGUGCUCUCUCCGAUGACACCGCUUUUCCGACAUGCGACCCGACCCGGUCUUUCAUCUCACCCUCAAUCACCAAGCUCCCACAUCUCAAGACAUUGUUCUUUUACCGUUGUUUCAGUUACAACCCUCAGCGAAUCCCAGCCUUCUUGGGCCAGCUGGGCCCAUCGUUGCAAACGUUGGUACUCAGAGAAAACGGUCACGUGGGUCCCAUCCCUAAUGAAUUGGGCAACCUCACCCGUUUGAGGGUCCUUGAUCUUCACAAAAACAACCUCAACGGUUCUAUACCUGUCUCACUGGGCCGGAUCACCGGUCUAAGUUCGUUGGAUUUGAGUGUCAACAAAUUAACCGGUUCCGUACCCGGUUUAUCCUUCCCCGGUUUGAACAUAUUAGACAUGAGCCAGAACCUUCUAAUGGGUCCAAUCCCUUCUACCCUUUGGGACUCUCAGUCUCUGAUCAAAAUGGAUUUCAGUCGCAACAGGCUUGUGGGUCCCAUGCCGGAGAAAUUCAAGGGCCUAAAAGAACUCAUGCUUAUGGAUUUAAGCUACAAUCGUAUCCAAGGCCCAUUUCCAAUGUCUCUCAAAAGCCUGAAUUCUCUUCAGGCCUUGAUCCUCAAAGGAAACCCAAUGGGCUCAACGACAAUACCUUCUGAUGGGUUUGAUUGUAUGAAGGGCCUAAUGUUCUUAAUUUUGUCAAACAUGAAUUUAAAUGGGCCGGUCCCAGAAUCACUAGGUAGAUUACCAAACCUUCGUGUGCUUCAUCUUGAUGGGAACCACCUCAAUGGGUCAAUACCAAAAAGCUUCAGAGAUUUGAGAAAUCUCAGUGAAUUGAAGUUGAAUGAUAAUAGGCUAAGUGGGUCGGUCCCAUUUGAAAGAGAAAUGGUUUGGAGGAUGAAAAGGAAGCUAAGGCUGUAUAACAAUUCAGGGCUUUGUUAUGACUCAAGAAGUGGUUUUGGUGAUAGUGUAGAUGAUUUUGGUAUUAGUUUGUGUGAGAGUUCAAGUCCAGGUUCGGUUAGGACAGUGCAACAUCUUUCAGUUUCGGAAAAAACCAUGCCAAUGCCAACAACAAUGAAUGUCUCAUCGGAUGCUGUUACGAGGUCACUUGGACUAGCUACUUUUGUACUGUUUACUUUAUCUUUGUUGUUGUAA